GAAUGGUGGUGGAGCAUAUGGACAAUGAUUUUGUCGUUUGCAAUAUUUUCCACGAAAUCUCACUAUAUUUUCCAUGAAACAUCAAUGGAGUUUUUCUGUGCCAAUAGACUCGUCAACGGUCUAUAUCCUCAUUCACACAAAUUGUUUGAACUACCAAAAUUCCAUUAAACCCGUGUGAUUCUUCAACUCUCUGGAGAUUUCUCAUCGUUUUAUGCAUCGCAGUGAAUCAUCAAUAAUCUAAGUUCUCAUGGGUUCUGCAAUGAGCUUGAGCUGUUCCAAGAGGAAAGCAACGAGUCAGGAUGUUGAUUCCGAAUCUUGUAAAAGACGAAAGACAUGCUCAACAAACGAUGCUGAGAAUUGCAUAUUCAUUCCGGAUGAGUCAUCUUGGAGUUUAUGUGCCAACAGAGUCAUCACUGUGGCAGCCGUAGCUUUAACAAAUUUCAGAUUCCAACAAGAUAACCAAGAAAGUAAUUCUUCUUCUUUAUCUCUUCCCUCCCUUGCAACUUCUGUGUCUCGAAACUGGAAACACGAUGUCUUCCCGAGCUUCCACGGAGCAGAUGUCCGAAGAACCUUUCUUAGUCACAUCAUGGAAUCGUUCAGAAGAAAGGGAAUUGACACAUUCAUUGAUAAUAAUAUAGAGAGGAGUAAGUCGAUCGGUCCUGAGCUCAAAGAAGCUAUCAAAGGAUCAAAGAUCGCAAUCGUUUUGCUCUCAAGAAAAUAUGCUUCUUCGUCUUGGUGUCUUGAUGAGUUGGCCGAGAUCAUGAAAUGCAGGCAAAUGGUGGGUCAGAUUGUCAUGACCAUUUUCUAUGAAGUGGAGCCAACUGACAUAAAGAAACAGACCGGUGAAUUUGGAAAAGCCUUCACAAAAACAUGUAGAGGUAAACCAAAAGAGCAAGUUGAGAGAUGGAGAAAAGCUUUGGAGGAUGUGGCAACAAUCGCCGGAUAUCAUUCUCACAGCUGGAGGAAUGAAGCAGACAUGAUUGAGAAAAUAGCCACUGAUGUUUCAAACAUGUUAAAUAGUUUCACACCAUCAAGAGAUUUCGACGGGUUAGUAGGGAUGAGAGCUCAUAUGGAUAUGCUGGAACAAUUGUUGCGCUUAGAUUUGGAUGAAGUAAGGAUAAUCGGGAUUUGGGGACCGCCUGGGAUUGGUAAGACAACUAUCGCCAGAUUUCUGCUUAACCAAGUCUCCGACAGAUUCCAACUUAGUGCAAUCAUGGUCAAUAUCAAAGGAUGCUAUCCAAGACCUUGUUUCGAUGAGUACAGUGCACAAUUGCAACUACAAAACCAAAUGUUGUCCCAGAUGAUCAAUCAUAAAGAUAUCAUGAUUUCUCAUUUAGGAGUGGCUCAAGAACGGUUGAGAGACAAGAAAGUGUUUCUUGUUCUCGAUGAAGUGGAUCAAUUAGGACAACUAGAUGCCUUGGCGAAAGAAACUCGAUGGUUUGGUCCUGGAAGUCGGAUUAUUAUCACAACAGAAGAUCUAGGAGUUUUGAAGGCUCAUGGGAUCAAUCAUGUUUACAAAGUCGAAUAUCCAUCAAAUGACGAGGCUUUUCAAAUCUUCUGUAUGAAUGCCUUUGGUCAGAAACAACCACACGAAGGUUUCGAUGAGAUUGCUUGGGAAGUUAAGGCUUUAGCUGGUAAACUCCCUUUGGGAUUGAAGGUUCUAGGCUCUGCUUUGCGGGGGAAGUCCAAGCCAGAGUGGGAAAGAACACUACCAAGGUUAAGAACUAGCCUCGACGGAAAAAUCGGGGGCAUUAUACAGUUCAGUUACGAUGCCUUAUGUGACGAAGAUAAAUAUCUAUUUCUUUAUAUAGCCUGCCUUUUUAACGGCGAAUCAACAACCAAAGUGAAAGAGCUUCUUGGAAAGUUCUUGGAUGUGAGACAAGGCCUUCACGUAUUAGCUCAGAAAUCUCUCAUAUCCUUUGAUGAAGAAAUCUCUUGGAAACAAAUUGUUCAAGUUCUUCUUUUAAACAAGUUCUCGCAUGUGAGGCAUACGAAGAGAAACAAGUCGCAAAUAAUACGGAUGCAUACUCUGCUAGAACAAUUCGGAAGAGAAACUUCCCGUAAGCAAUUCGUUCAUCACCGCUAUACGAAACAUCAGCUUUUGGUUGGUGAAAGGGAUAUAUGUGAAGUGCUCGACGAUGAUACAACAGAUAAUAGACGUUUUAUAGGGAUAAAUUUGGAUUUAUAUAAGAAUGAGGAAGAAUUGAAUAUAAGUGAGAAAGCACUUGAAAGAAUCCAUGAUUUUCAAUUCGUUAAAAUCAAUUACGUAUUUACUCAUCAACCUGAGAGAGUGCAGUUAGCACUAGAAGAUCUGAUUUAUCACUCUCCACGAAUUAGAUCAUUGAAAUGGUUUCCUUACCAGAAUAUAUGUUUGCCUUCUACUUUUAAUCCGGAGUUUCUCGUCGAACUAGAUAUGCGUUGCAGCAAGCUUCGGAAGCUAUGGGAAGGAACUAAACAACUUAGAAAUCUCAAGUGGAUGGAUUUGAGUGAUUCUAGAGAUUUGAAAGAGCUUCCCUCCUCUAUUGAAAAACUCACCAGUCUCCAAAUAUUAGAUCUCCGGGAUUGCUCAAGUCUUGUGAAGCUCCCACCAUCUAUCAAUGCCAAUAAUCUCCAGGGAUUGUCUCUAACAAAUUGUUCACGUGUUGUGAAGCUCCCCGCUAUUGAGAAUGUGACUAAUCUCCAUCAAUUGAAGCUCCAAAAUUGCUCAAGUCUAAUAGAGCUCCCUCUUUCUAUUGGAACUGCCAACAAUCUUUGGAAAUUGGAUAUCAGAGGAUGUUCAAGUCUCGUGAAACUUCCAUCCUCUAUUGGAGAUAUGACUAAUCUCAAAGAGUUUGAUCUAUCUAACUGCUCAAAUCUGGUGGAGCUUCCUUCUUCUAUUGGAAACCUUCAAAAAUUGUUUAUGUUGAGAAUGAGAGGAUGCUCAAAGCUAGAAACUCUUCCAACAAACAUCAACUUGAUAUCUCUCCGUAUACUUGAUCUCACAGAUUGCUCGCAGUUGAAAAGUUUUCCCGAGAUCUCCACACACAUUUCAGAGCUCAGGUUAAAAGGAACUGCAAUAAAAGAAGUUCCUUUGUCGAUCACGUCGUGGUCUCGUCUUGCUGUAUAUGAAAUGUCAUACUUUGAAAGCCUUAAGGAAUUCCCGCAUGCUCUUGACAUCAUCACCGACCUACUUUUGGUAAGUGAAGAUAUACAAGAAGUUCCUCCAUGGGUCAAGAGAAUGUCUCGUUUACGUGCUCUUAGACUCAACAACUGCAAUAGUCUGGUAUCACUCCCACAACUUCCAGAUUCCCUUGAUUACAUAUAUGCAGAUAAUUGUAAGUCCCUCGAGAGACUGGAUUGUUGCUUUAACAAUCCAGAGAUCCGUCUCUAUUUCCCCAAAUGCUUCAAACUGAAUCAAGAAGCCAGAGAUCUCAUCAUGCACACAUCAACUCGUAAAUAUGCGAUGUUACCAAGUAUACAAGUGCCUGCCUGCUUCAAUCACCGAGCUACUUCUGGGGAUUACUUGAAAAUCAAGUUGAAGGAGUCGUCUCUUCCUACAACCUUGAGAUUUAAGGCUUGUAUCAUGCUUGUUAAGGUUAAUGAAGAAAUGAGAGAUGAUGAGAUGUGGCCGAGUGUACUCAUUGCCAUCAGGGUCAAACAGAAUGAUCUCAAAGUUCUAUGUACAGCAAGCAUAUAUCCAGUUUUAACAGAGCAUAUAUACACAUUUGAACUUGAAGUAGAGGAGGUGACUUCCACGGAGCUUGUCUUUGAGUUCACACCAUUCCACAAAAGCAAUUGGAAGAUAGGAGAAUGCGGGAUACUCCAAAGAGAAACGAGAUCAUUUUGCCGGAGCUCUUCGCCGGAUCUUCCGCCAGAAUCUUCUCGUGUGUUUCUAGCUAGGACCACUGUUUGAGAGGUAAGAAUCAUGGGUUUGAUUUCUCCUUGAGUCAUUCGAUUAUUGGUUUUAUUUUGUGUGAAUGGGAAUUAGCUGUGAAAUAUGUGGUAGCCACAUGUAAUGAUUUUGUCAUAAACAUUGUGUCUAGCAAACUAGACAUUGAUUAAUCAUUUGAGUCGGAUUUGGCAAGCUAAUCUAGUUAUAUAAUGACAUGUGACUUUUAAAACUGCUAAUAUUUCUUGCAAAUGUUUUCUUGCGUUUGAUUUAUUUGCGUAUGUUAUUGGCAUUUCUGGUUGCAGGUUUUGUUUUUAAUGAAUCUGAUUGGUCUUUUCUAAAUACUAAUCGACUUCAUCCUUAUCAAAUUUGAUUGGUUUCAUCAUUUGAGCUAAUUCUAUCUGAUUCUUGUACAUUAUUUUAGUAUUUGUCUCUGUUUGAUGACAUAUCAUUGAUGUGAUAAAUGUAGGUGAAUGAAAAUCUUUAAUAGGAGCUGCCAUUGUGUGUUGAUUGGGUAUCAAGUACUGCUUCUAAGUGAUCCAAAUCCUGCUUCAGCCUCUGGACUUGUUCUUUCUUCUAAGUGACCCUUUUGUUAAUAAUUUUCCAUCUGUAAUGCGCUUGAUUGCUUGCAGCGUUUUCUUUGUGUCUCUUGGUGUUUGUUUUGUUUCUUUUUCUUUGUGAGAGAUCAUCAUCACAAGUCAAUGAAUAGAUCAUGUGUUUCAGAUAUGCUCGUUUCAUGCGUAUGUAUCAUGUUUUAUCUAUGUUUGGUAAAAACUUAUAUUGUUGUUGCUUCAUCUGUUUUAGCAUAUAUAAGACUGGAGUUAUU